AUGAGGAGCCAUGACUUCGUCUACUGCGAAUUCUUACAGCAGGCGCAGCGGCGGUACACCUCCGGCGUACACCAUCGCAACUGGCUCGCCCUCGCCGAAGCCUUCGUCAGCGAGGCAUCCCGGCGGGGCGGCCGCUACAAGACUGGCAGGUGCAAGAACCACAAGUGCUGGCGCGAGGCGAUUCGGUUCGUCGCAGUCAGCCAGGAGGGGGCUGGCGCCUUCCUGAAUGCGAUCCCCAUGCGGGAUGAUAUGAAGAUGGAGACGUGGGCGAUGCGCAUUACAGUUCAGCGCCGCCUCGGCCUCCCGCUCGAUGUUGCCUGCCAGGCGGUGGAGGCGGGCAAGAAGGCGCCAAACGGCAAGCCGCACGAAGAACUCGGCGAUGCCGCAAUGGUCAACCCGCGUGCGAAGCACGCGACAAGACACAAAUACCUGCGCAAACGACUCGUCAAGACCCUUCGCUCGGCGUGGGGCAUGCUCAUCGAGAUGGAGCCGACUGCACACCUCAGUUACAGUAACCCAAAACAACCUGACGUGGCGGCGGCGAACAUCGGCAAAGGGCAUGGCGACUACCGGUUCGCGCGGGAGAAGAAUUGCGACCUGCGUUUGCUCGACUUCGAGACGUUCGGCGGCUUCGGGAACGGCGUCCGCAAAAUUCUUCGGCAGGCGGCGGACCAGCUGAGUAACAAACUUUCGCACGCUCAGCACCUCGAUGAGGUCACAUGGACCACCAAGAACUGGCACGGGCUGCAUCUGCAGCGCUUGUCUGUCGUUCUCCACACCGCCGUGGCGUGGCAGACGGCGGCGCGGGCACCCCCCACUGGGGCCGAGCGUAAGAAGCCGUUUGCCGCUUGCUUGUUCUUGAUCCAGUUGGUGCGCAUCUUGCGCGCCUGCUUGUUGAUGUUGUCGGCGUCGCCCGCCACCGCCGCCAUGGAGAUCUGCUGCGUGUGGUGGACGACGAAGGAGGAGGCGCUCGCCGACGCCGCCCCGUACUCCGUCCGGGCGGCUGCGGACGGCGGUGCUGCGGCGGCAGCGGUGGCCGAUGUCGAGAUUGAGGAUGCCGACGCAGCGUUGGCGGCGGCGGCCGACGGCAGCCAUGUCGAGCGCGAGGACGCCGACCAAGUUGCCGGUGAGGCUGAGCGGGAGUCUCAUCCCGCCAACCGGCCGCGGCGCGCUUCCAGCCGAGCAGUCAGCAGCGCCAGCGAGGGCAGCCGACCCGUGCCAAGGGUGGUCCUCAAGCUUGCGGGCUUCGAGGAGUGGGCUGCAGCGCGGGUGGGCGGACGCAGCGGCCAGGGCGUGGCCUCGACGGCGAUGGUGCCGUUCGAGGCCCACCCCGAAGAGGGGGAGGGGGAGGAGGAGGAGGAGGAGGAGGAGGAGGAGGAGGAGGAGGAGGAGGAGGGCAGGCAGGUGGAGGGCGGGGCGGCGGCCGAGCGGCUCGCGCCGCGCUGGAGCGUGCCUGUGGGUCCGAGCUGGCGUGCGUACGGCAGCUUCGAGGACGCGGGGCAGGACGUGGUCCACCGCGGCGGGCCCCUCGACCCGGCCACGCCUCUGCCAAUCGACGGCGGCGCUCCCGAGGCUGCGAGCUUCUGGCGCGGCGGCGGCGGCGGCGGCGGGAGCGGCGGCGGCGGCGGCGGGAGCGGCGGCGGCGGCGGCGGGAGGAGCGGCGGCGGCGGCGGGAGGAGCGGCGGCGGCGGCGGGAGAGGCGGCCGCCAGCCGCAUGCCGGGCGGAUGCACUGCUGGCACCCGGUGCCGUCGGGCGUGUAUGCGCACGUGCUCGACCAGUGGCGCGACUUUCGGCGGGCGAGCGACGCGCAUCUCGGCAGCGGCGCGAGGGAGGGCGCGGCGAAGGCAGCUGCGGGGCGGGGGGCGGCGCGGGGGCGCGACGGCCCUCCGCCCAACCUGUGGGAGUGCGUGUCCGAGGAGGAGCUCGGCGGGGUGGUGGGGCCGGCGGAGGGUCCCGCCGAGUCGGACGGGGCCCUCCGCCGGCCGCAGCAUCCCGACCCGCAGCAGCCCGAGCCAGCCGGCUCCGCCUCCGCCGCCGUGCGGGCGGCAUACGCGCCGCGCUGCGAGCCGCGCUGCGCGCCGCGCUGCGAGCCGCGCGAGAGGGCAGCCGCCGCCGCGACGCGGACGGCGCCGGCGGCGGACGCCCUCCUCCUGGCCGCACCGCAGAGAGACCACGAGCUGUCGGCGGUCUUCGAGCAGGCCGCGCAGUGGAGCUCGAAGGGCGUUGUCUUCAAGGCGCUCUCCUCGUUGCAGUACCUGAAGCAGCAGAAGCAGCAGCAGCAGCAGCGCGACGAGCCGCUCGCCGACGACACUUCCUCGCCGCUCGCUCUCCGCCACGCGCCGCCGCCCGCGCCGUCGUCCGCCGCCGACCUCGCCGCCGCGCGCCGCGCGACGUACCUAGUCGCGCCGCCGAAGGGCGUGGCGGCGGGCGGCACGUUUCUGGCCGAGGUGGCGGGGCGGCGCCUCCUCCUCCGCGUGCCGGCGGCGUGGCGGGGAGGGGGCCUCGCGAUGCGGCUGCCGCCGCUGCAAGAGGACGGCGCGGCCGACGUGCCGCGUGUGCCGCAACUCGACGCCGCGCGCAGCCAGGGCCCCGCCGCAGCCGCUGCAGCCCCCUCGUGCGCCGGCGACACGUUCGAGGCGCGCGCGGGCGGCAGGUCCGUCGCGGCCGGCGGGCUGGUGAUGUCCGCCCUCCCCGCCGGCGAAGGGCGCGCCGCCGAGCUGGUGGCGGUGCCUCUGCACGCGCCGCUCGCCGCCGGGGGCUCGGUCCGCUUCUCGCCCGCCCCGCUGCCGCACCCGCUGAGCGAGCCAAUCGGCACUGGCCGCCUGCCCGAGCCGGUGGCCGCCACUUCCGCGGUGCACGCGGGCCAGCAGCGCGUGGCGGUCAAGGUGCCGGUGGGCGGCAGCGGAGUCGGCAGCGUCCUGCUCGUCCGGGUGCCGCCCGGGUGCGGUUCACGGCAGGAUUGCGAGCCCGUGGCGGGCGGCAGCGCGCCCACCCUCGCCGCCCUCGUCGUCCCCAGCGCCGGCUGCACCAACCUGACCCUCCUCUGCUCGCCGGGCUGGGGAGACGCGCCCGCCGGCGCCACGCACAGCCCGCAGCCCUCCUACUUCGAGGCGGAGGUGCCCUUGCAGUCUAAGCCCGGCGAGUGGCUCCUCGCGAGCGCGGGGGACGGCCGCCUGGUCAGCUUCACGGUGCCGAAGGAGCUGCCCGCAAGCAGGAAGGUGGUGGUGCAGGCGGAGGCCUCGGCUGCACCCGCGUGGCGCGGCAGGUGCGCGAGGGCCGUCUGA